AUGUUGUAUACUGCAUUGAUACUCUUUGGUGUUAUCGGCCAGCUGCUCGCCCUUAGCCUACCCGCAAGAAACACCCCUAUUUACCGCGGCCCACCCAUUCUUCCCAAUGAGGACCCAUUCUACAAGCCCAAGAAUGCAUCCUGGGAGUCAUCGACGCCGGGUUCAAUCAUCGGAUAUCGAAAUGUGAACGUCGGCUCUACACUCAUCGAUCUUAUACUAAUCCAUUCUGCAUACCAACUCCUGUACCGCACUACCAACGCACACGGAAACCCAAGCUACGCGGUAACAACAGUCAUUAUCCCGUUCAACGCGAGGAACGACAAGCUCCUGUCCUACCAGAUUGCCUACGACUCUCCUGACAACAACUGCUCGCCCUCAUACUGGGUCCAGGAGGGUGUUCUCUCAUACCGAUGGGAAAUCUUCGGAGAGCUUGGGACAUUGAUUCAAACGUUCCUUGCCCAGGGCGUACCGAUCAGCAUCCCAGAUUAUGAGGGUGUGAAUGCCGCAUUCACGGUUGGGACUCAAUCGGGCUAUACUGUUCUGGAUUCCGUCCGGGCUGUCACAAGAUCUGGAUCAAUCACCGGAAUCAGCCCAAACGCCCAAACCGCCAUAGUAGGAUACUCAGGCGGGGCGCUGGCUAGUGAAUGGGCCAGCGAACUACAUUCCGUAUACGCCCCUAAUGUACGCAUCGCCGGCGCAGCGAUGGGCGGCUUACCUACCAACAUCACCAAGACAUUCUUUGCUAUCGAUAGAACAUUGAGUGCAGGACUCAUUUCGGCCUCUUUCAAUGGCAUCGCGAAUACGUUUCCGUGCUUUUCGGCGUACAUAGAUCAGCAUUUGCUGCCAGACCACGCAGAAACAUUUUAUUCCACGAAAUGCCAAUGCACGAACGGCACAAGAGGCGGUUUAGCUCCGUAUGCCAACCAGAGCAUAAUCCCAUACUUCGAUAACGGGGAUAGGAUUGUUUAUGACCAGGAGGCUUUGUUGAACUCGAUUGGGACGAUGGGUUUACAUGGCGUUCCAGACUUCCCGAUGUAUAUUUGGAAAGGAACCAGGGACGAGGUAGCGGUCCCUAUUGAGGACACAGAUGCUUUGGUGAAGAAAUAUUGCGCAAAAGGCACUAACAUCACCUAUGUGAAGGUUGAGAAUGGGAAUCACUUGCAAUCAAGGGUAGUAGGCUUACCUGGAGCGGAAGCUUUCUUGAGAGGCAUUUUUGGGGGUCAAGUACCGGAUAAGUGCACAACUAUGACUAUUCCUCUCAUUCCACUAUAA